ACGCAUUUGUUCCCUUUUGCUCCCACCCCGCUUGUCCUCUUCCCCCGCCCCGGCCGCCUACUGGUCGCCCGCUCUCGCGUCUCUCUCGCGGCCUCUCCUCUCUUUAUCCCCCCUCCCCGCGGGCGCCGUCGAGCGCAAGACACCGGUGGCUCGCCCGUCUCUCCGGUAGUUAGUUGGCCCCCCUUCUUGGCGAUCGAGCCGGCAGAAUCCGACGCUCUUUCUUUCCCGGGUUCCUCGGCGUCGAGUCCAAAGGUGACUUGUGAAGAAAAAUAUCAGGUCAUCACCUAACGUGCUUGGAGUAUGAUCUGGGUUGGCCUCACUCACUGCCAAGGAGUCUAAAUAGCUGGUUUUGGAGCACUGCACCAGCAUUUUGCUUAAGUGAAAGUUCUCAGAGGUUUUCCAGGCUCAAAGAAAUUUGAUCCUCAUAUAAGCUCCAGAUCAUGGGUUGGUUAAACAAAAUAUUUAAAGGCUCAGUAAACAGAGUUUCAAGGGGUCAUUAUGAUGGCCACUGGCAUGAAGGCAACCAAUCUGAGCAUACCAGAGAUGCAUAUGAUGAGAGCGACAGUGAAGAUAUAGCUCGUGCUAUUGCAUUAUCCUUAGCAGAGCAAGAUCCGAAUAAGGGAAAGGCUAUUGAUCCUGAUUAUAGUUUGGAGGAAGAUGAGCAACUUGCACGGGCUCUCCAGGAGAGCCUUAAUACCGAGUCUCCUCCUCGUCAAAAUGCUCCUGUUGAGAAUGUUCCAUCAGAGAGUAUCCCAGCAAGGGAGCCACAUCAGCCUGUCUUACCCUCAAGUGGAUUCAGGACUUGUGCUGGAUGCAGAAAGCCAAUUGGUCAUGGGCGUUUUCUUAGUUGUAUGGAUGAAGUUUGGCAUCCUCAGUGCUUCAAAUGUUAUGCUUGCAAUAAGCCCAUAUCAGAGUAUGAGUUCGCCAUGCAUGAAGACCAGCCAUACCACAAAUCCUGCUAUAAAGAUUUUUUUCAUCCAAAAUGUGAUGUCUGCAAGAACUUUAUUCCGACAAAUAAGAAUGGCCUGAUCGAAUACCGAGCACAUCCUUUUUGGAUGCAAAAGUACUGCCCUUCCCAUGAAGAUGAUGGCACUCCUAGGUGUUGCAGCUGUGAAAGAAUGGAGCCAACGGACAUCAAAUAUAUUACAUUAGACGAUGGGAGGAAACUGUGCUUGGAAUGUCUCACUUCUGCAACAAUGGACUCUCCUGAAUGCCAACACCUUUACAUGGACAUUCAAGAAUUUUUUGAAGGUUUGAAUAUGAAAGUAGAACAGCAAGUUCCAUUACUUUUGGUUGAGCGUCAGGCUCUGAAUGAAGCAUUGGAAGCUGAGAAAAGUGGACAUCACCUUCCUGAAACCAGAGGUCUAUGCCUUUCUGAAGAACAAAUUGUCAGAACUAUCUUAAAAAGACCAACAAUUGGACCAGGAAACAGAAUUAUGGAUAUGAUUACAGGACCAUACAAGCUGGUCCGACGGUGUGAAGUGACCGCCAUCCUAAUACUGUAUGGUCUACCAAGAUUGCAAACUGGCUCCAUCCUUGCUCACGAGAUGAUGCACGCAUAUCUUCGCCUUAAAGGAUACAGAUCUCUUAGCCCUCAGGUUGAAGAAGGCAUCUGUCAAGUCCUAUCCCACCUGUGGCUUGAGUCUGAAAUCAUCGCCGGUGCUAGUGGCAACACUGCUUCCAGUUCGGCAUCAUCAUCGUCUUCGUCGGCAGCUCCUACCUCUUCAAAGAAGGGAGCGAAGACAGAAUUUGAGAAGAAACUCGGGGCGUUCAUCAAGAAUCAGAUCGAAACAGAUUCAUCCGUGGAAUAUGGGGAUGGUUUUCGGGCAGGCAUUCAGGCAGUUGAACAAUAUGGCUUGAGAAGCACCCUUGAUCAUAUGAGGCUGACAGGGUCUUUUCCUUAUUGAUGAUCAUUCAAGUAAAGAGAAGGACAUUACUCCGAUUUGUGAACAUGGCUGCAUAUUUUGGAGGUUAUUGGUGGAAUUAGAUGCAUCAUAUAUAUACAACAGGAUAAGAUUAGUUUACAGUAAAGUAAUAAGAAGAGAAAGAAAGAUUAUCCGUAUAGAUAUUUGCAAAUUUUCCUGUUGUCUGUGAAAUAAUACAUGUAAGUCUUAAGAUAUAGAGGUACUAUAGUUGUUUUUCACAUUGCCAGUAUACAGGGCAAACUUUGCUGAACAUAUCUUACAUACAGGAGUACAACAUUUGGAUAAGUUGUGGGGAAAAUGUUCUUA